CCUGCUUUGGCUCCGCGGAGCUGCGCGAGGAGGCGCCGCACGAUGGGCGCGCUGCCCGGCUGGGCUCUUGUCUGGCUGCCUCUGCUGCUGGCCUCGGCUCGCCUGCCCGCGGCGCGCGGUACAAGAGUGACUUGUGACGACUCUCAGUUCCAGUGUCACAACGGCCGCUGCAUAACGCUGCUAUGGAGAUGUGACGGAGAUCCAGACUGCACCGAUGGCAGUGAUGAACUGUCCUGUGUGAAGAAGACGUGUGCCGCAUCCGAUUUCGUGUGCCUAAGUGGGCAGUGUAUACCGAACCGAUGGCAGUGCGAUGGGGACCCCGAUUGUGAAGAUGCGUCGGACGAGCGAUCUGAACUUUGCUACACAAGGAAGUGUGAUAUAGGGGAAGUCAGCUGUGGCCCUCAGUCAAGUCGCUGCAUCCCCAUUUCCUGGAAAUGCGAUGGAGAGAGCGACUGCGAUGCUGCUGAGGACGAAGACGAUUGUGCCAACAUAACUUGCAACCCAGAAGAGUUCACGUGUUCCAAUGGCCAGUGCAUCUCCAAAGACUUCGCUUGCAACGGGCACGAAGACUGCAGCGACGGCAGCGACGAGGUCGGCUGCGCUGCGCCCACUUGUCGAGUCGGUGAGUUCCAGUGCAAAAGCGAGAGCGACACUUGCAUCCCAGUGAACUGGGUGUGCGAUGGCGAACCAGACUGUACCGACUGGUCAGACGAGUCUUCGGAGCAGUGCGGCCACCAGCCAGUCCGGACCGUGAAAUGCGGGGAGAGCGAAAUGCUUUGUGACUCGGGAGACGAAUGUUUCCACAAGAAGUGGCGCUGUGACGGUGACACGGACUGCAAAGACGGCAGCGAUGAGAUCAACUGCUCUUUCCAGACAUGCAGACCCGACCAGUUCAGAUGUGAGGAUGGGAACUGCGUCCAUGGAACCAGGCAGUGCAAUGGUGUGAGGGACUGCAUAGAUGGAUCAGAUGAAGUGAACUGCCAAGUAGUGAAUCAGUGCACCGGACCUGGCAAGUUCAGGUGCAGAAGUGGCGAGUGCAUCGAGUCCAGCAAAGUUUGCAACCAGAAGCAGGACUGCAAAGACUGGAGUGAUGAACCUCUCAAAGAAUGCAAUGUCAACGAGUGCCUCGUGAACAACGGAGGCUGCUCUCAUAUCUGCAGGGACCUGGUUAUAGGCUAUGAAUGUGAUUGUCCUGCUGGUUUUGAGCUGAUAGACAGAAAAACGUGUGGAGACAUUGAUGAAUGCCUGAACCCAGGUAUCUGCAGCCAAAUCUGCAUCAAUACAAAGUUGGGGUACAAAUGCGAAUGUAGCCGGGGCUACCGGAUGGACCCACAAACUCUAGUAUGUAAGGCAAUCGGUGGAGAACCAAGCCUGCUUUUUACGAAUCGCUGGAACAUCAGGCAGUUUGCCCUGGAAAGACAGGACUAUACCCAGCUCAUCGGAGACUUGAGGAACGUGGUGGCUUUGGAUGCGGACAUGGCUGAGCAUGCCAUCUUUUGGGCGGACAUUGGCCCAAAUGCUCUCCUCAGCACCUCAAUCACUUCUAAUAACAAGCCACUACAGCACCGCCGGAUCAUAGAGAAUGUGCAGAAUCCUGCAGGAAUUGCUUUUGACUGGAUAUACAAGAACAUCUACUGGACGGAUUCUUCUCUCAAGUCCAUUUCUGUGGCCAGCCUGAACGGUGCUAAAAGGAAGGUCCUCUUCAACACAGACUUAAAAGAGCCCGCCUCUCUUGCUGUGGAUCCCCUUACUGGCUUCAUGUAUUGGUCUGAUUGGGGUGAACCAGCCAAAAUUGAGAAAGCAGGGAUGAAUGGACUUGACAGGCAACAACUUGUGACAACAGAUAUUGAGAGGCCUAAUGGGAUUGCACUAGAUCGUGUGAAGAAUCGUCUCUACUGGGUUGAUUCUAAGCUGCACAAGCUGUCCAGUGUCGAUCUGAAUGGGCACGACCGAAGGAUCGUGUUGGAAUCGCAUGAAUUCCUUGCUCAUCCCCUUGCUCUGACGAUAUUUGAGGACACCAUUUACUGGACAGAUGGUGAAAACGAAGCUGUGUACGGUGCGAAUAAGUUUACGGGCGCUGAGCUGGAAACCGUAGUCAACAACUUGUAUGAUGCUCGGGACAUCAUUGUGUAUCAUGAACUUGUACAGCAACCAGGAAAGAACUGGUGUGAAGAUGAGAACAUGACAAACGGAGGCUGCGAAUAUCUGUGCUUGCCUGCUCCACAGAUCAAUGACCGUUCGCCAAAGUAUACUUGCAUUUGUCCCAAUGGCGACACGUUGCAAGAUAACGGCUUAAGAUGCAGAGGUACAGGAGCUGCUGAGGCAAAAGAGAACAGCAGAACAGAAAAACCACCUGGACCACUUUCUGGAGGACAAAAUCUAAGCAGUCCAGUUUCAGAAGAGCUUUCUUCAUCCAGAAGUUCUUCAGCAGCAUGGGCCAUUCUUCCCGUAUUGUUGUUGACCAUGGCGGCGGCAGGCAGCUACUUCAUGUGGCGCAACUGGCAACACAAGAACAUGAAAAGCAUGAAUUUUGACAAUCCAGUGUACUUGAAAACGACGGAAGAAGACCUCUCUAUAGACAUCGGAAGACACAGCGCUUCAGUGGGCCACACGUAUCCAGCUAUAUCAGUCGUCAGCACAGACGAUGACUUAUCAUGAAAGCAGCCAUCUCCUAGUCUACUUUUGUUUUACACCAUUUGGACAGAAGCCAGUGGCUGGACGGUUUUCCUUCCUGUCAUGGGAGAAUGAAGAUGGCACAAGCUCACAAACCAUUUUCAUAUGAAGCUUGUCAACAUCUGUCCACAGCAAUUCAGCUUUUAAGUCACUGGUUACCUGUAACCCUUUUAAUAAGUAUUGCCACCGCUGGCCCUGUAUAAAGCACUUUCCAAGAAGCCAUAGGGAAGGAACAAGCGCUGCAAGAAGUACUUCCUGUAAAUAAUUGUACAGGCCCCUGUAAAUUUUCCUGAGGAUAGUCUAUCAAGCACUUUGGAGAAGAAACACAUUUCAAUGUAAAUUAUUGUAUAACUUUUUUUUCAAUGGUUGGGCAAUGGCAACAGGAGAAAACGGGUUACUCAGUCUAAUUGCCAAAAAUUUGUAAAAUUUAACUUUUGUAUGAAUUGUGAAUUUGUCCUCCCCGAACCACCUACAGGGGUGUGCAGAGGACAAUUGCUCUGUAUCAGAAAACCACUGUAAAUUUCGACACUGAAAUGACAUUAAAGAGAAGCAAAGCUAUA